AUGAUACUGCUAUUUAUUUGCACCUGUGCCUAUGUCAGAGAGAUUUUCCCAUAUUACAUCAACAAAUAUUACAAGACUGGAUUCAAAGGAGUUUUAAGAAGAGCAGCAGUCAUUGAUAAUGGCUGGGAAGUAGACUAAGCCAUUCUCUCAGAAGAGGAUCGCGUUGUUUGCAUUAGAUUUGGACAUGAUUGGGACCCUACUUGCAUGAAAAUGGAUGAGGUACUUUACAAAUGUGCAGAGGAGGUUAGUAAUUUCGCAGUCAUUUAUUUAGUCGAUAUAUCUCAAGUUCCUGACUUCAAUACUAUGUACGAGUUAUAUGAUCCCUGCACUGUGAUGUUUUUCUUCAGAAAUAGACAUAUCAUGGUCGACUUUGGCACAGGUAACAAUAACAAAAUGAAUUGGGCUUUGAACAACAAACAAGAUAUGAUUGACAUUCUCGAAUCUGUUUACAGAGGUGCCAGAAAAGGCAAAGGUUUAGUAGUUUCUCCAAAGGAUUUUUCAACAAAAUAAAAGAAUAAAAUGAAUCCAAAGCUAAAUUUAGUAUUUCAGUAUAUAAGAAGUGAUUACGAAGGUGUAAAAAUGAAUGAUUAUGAACCACCUUCUGUUAAUUUUAGAUAAAAAUGGCCAGCUAAUAUAAACAAUUACAUUCAUCUUGCAAGGCACUAAGAUGCGGGAGGACAAAUGUAUGAAAGAUCUCUUGAUUGGAUGCUUACUUUGCGGUCAAAUAAUGCUACAGAGCUUUCCUAGCAUAGAGAUAAGUAUGUUUAAAUUUUUUAUGUAAUAAAUUAAAUUAGAUCUACAUCAGCAGCAUAGCCUCCAUCAGUCUACUUCAAAUCUCUGCAAUCAGAUGGGACUUCAGUUAUGAAAAGAAAAUUUUCAGUCAAGGAUGUAGAUAUAACUGGCAAUCCAAAUUAAGUUAUUCACUUGUUUCACAAGCGAAUAGGACCUGCUCCAACUAAAGGUUAAUUAGCUUUUGAAACUUCCCUAAGAAAUUAUCGACCUUAAACUGUACUUAAUCAUUAAAAAAGAUUCGAUACUCUUCCAAAUAAACCAUCAUAGACCGAUUUAAUAAACUUUCCCGAAUUUCCAUUACCUUAAAAGGAAAUAGAAAAUAGUAAAAUUCAUGAUAAUUUCAUAAGAAAAAUAAUACAUAAGAAUUACACUAAGAACAAAUAAAUGAUUUCAGGAUUUGAGGGUCCUCAUGCAUAUCCCAAGUAUGAUGAUAAAAAUUUCCACUCAUCCAAUGUUAAUAAUAGAAGGCAUCUCAUUUAUAAAGAUUAAGAUGGUUCUAAAAACUUAGGAAGUAUAAUGUGGGCUGCUAAUUUAAGAGAAUAUGGAUUAAUCAAGAGGAAAAGGAGGAAAUCUAAAGUAAAUACUAGUAUUGAUUUGAAAAAUAAAUGA